AUGCCCACCUCUCUACUAGACCUCAGUGAUGAGGUGCUUCAGCUCAUCAGUCAGUAUGUCAAGCAAGAUGAUUCCAUACCCAUACCCUCAUUCGCCCCUCAUUGGAAAUCGACGACCAACAGCCAGAUCGCUUCCGAAACCUCUCGAGAUAUCCGAGCAUUCAGAGCCACAUGUAGGAGGAUGAGAAAUGCGUGUAAUCUCAAAGGCCUCCAUGUGGUACUGGGAAAGGCCAAUGGUACGACCUCAGACAGACGGUGGGACCGGGAGCUAUCAGACAGGAUGCGAAAGGCUACCAGUCGCAUCUGUGUUGACAUCCCUAUAUCCUCAUCGGAAUCGAGUCUCCAGACAUGGUCGGAUUGCGCUCGCCACUUAGAAAGGUUUACUGAUACGGAAGAAAUGAUCAUCAAGAAAGGUCCGACAUGUCAUCACAUUCCAAACGACCUGACGUACAUACCGGUAACUCAAGGAUUCAGCCGAUACAUGCAACCAUGGAAGACUCAGAGCUCGUUGGAUAAACUCACUUCAAUAGCAGUGGAGGUCGAUUGUCCAGAUUGUUCAUUCGGUCUUCCGACUUUCUUUCUACCGUCAUUCCCAAAUCUAAAACACCUCAAAUUCUAUCUCUCUCCCCCUUCAGACACCACGUCCUGGGAUCCGGUAAAGGACUUUAGAUCGCUCUUCGAGGAAUGUAGGAGCAGCGAGAAGAAAAGUAAUCUGGAAUUGGAAACGCUUUAUCUACGAUAUCCCUGGUCGUCCCGAGGAAAUAUAUGGAAGAAUUGGGGAAAAGUAAUCAAAGAGUCGUUUAGUCUCUUUCAACAUUUGAGAGAUUUCCAAAUCACCAUAUUCAACUAUAAGAGGGAAUUGACCUUCGGGACAUAUCUCAUCUUCUCGAGGGACGAGACGCAAAGACGCAAAGGGGGUGAGAAAGGUGGGGAAAAGGGAAACGGCGAAAGAGAAGAAUGGAAGUUUGAAGUGAUGAACCUGGAAGAUGGGGAUUGGCGAAACUCAUGGAGUCUUGAGCAGAUGAUGUCUUACCUGUCACCCCCUCCUUCCCUUAAGCUCUUCGACCCAAUUAUCGUCAUCCAGCCGGGCGAAUCGCGCCCACAUCAUCUAACAUCUAGCAAAGGAACCAACAGCCAAAGAUCCGUAUAUCAUGAUACUCAUUCAUAUGAAGAGACCAGGUAUGAAAGCCUACUGAAGAAGUAUGAAUCUUUGUUGAAGAGCCAGAUGACAGCUGCUGCGGAAGAAUUGAUAGAACUGGUACCGUCGUUGCAGGAAGGUGCUUUCUGGGAAAGAGGCACGGAGAUAUCGUAUGAUGAUUGGUAUAGAUGGACUUGGGCAAAGGUUGUAGAUGAUCAUGGGGAGGUGAGAGUGCAAGUGGUGGAUAAACCUUUUGUAUUGAGUAAGAAGAGCAUAAAGUGGAAAUAA